GAUAUUAUUUUUUUUUAAAUACACAAUUCAUUUUUCUUAAUUUUGAAAAAUAAUUUUGUCCAAUUCAAAAUUAAAUCAAGUUGAAAUUGAAAUCAGACCAAACCACAAAUCAAAAUAAGACUAAACUGAAAUCAAAUUCUGAAUGGCUAUACUUUGGAUUGAAACCGAACCGAUACCAUAAGAAACCAGGAUCCAAUGGUUUGGUUUACGAUCAAACCAUCUACGUUGAAGCCACCAGUUUGGAAUUGGUACUAGUCCAAAACCGGACCGAGUCUUUGAAUUGAUCAUUUAUUUUUUUUUUUUUUUUUUUAAAUGGGAUUGGUUGCUGGAUGGCAACCUUCUCCCCAAUGAAAUACAAGGAUCUACAAGAAUAAGUCUUAAGCAGAAUAAUUUGCCUAUAAAUUCACAAGCGUCUCUCAUCACUAACAUAUUCAUCAACCAUAUUGAUUUCAUUUCAAGAAAUAAUAUGGGUUCUGGAGGAGAAGCCAAUUUCACAGUCACGGUGAUCAGGAAGGAGGUGGUGGCAGCAGUACUACCACUGCAAGAGCAUUGGUUGCCACUCUCCAACCUGGAUUUGCUUCUUCCUCCACUUGAUGUUGGUGUUUUCCUCUGUUACAAGUCACAGAAGGACAUCAAUUCUGGACGCGCUGACUUUGGGCUCCAUCUCCAAAGCAGCAGAAUCAACAAGCGUUGGGUCACAAUGUGAGUUAAAUAUUGAUCAUAUUUGUAAUUUUAAUAUUAUUACUUAAUUAUGUUUGACAUGUUCAUGCAUCCGCAUAAACAUAUAUACAUAAGUAGUUAAAUAUAUAUGAGCACUCUUUUGCUGCAUAUUUAUUUCCUGUUAAUCAUUUGUGGCUAUUGCCUAAGGAUAAUUUAGAGUUAUAUGUGUUUGUGCUUAAAUGUGGAGUAUGUUAUGGAUAUGGAGUGGAUGAAUAGACGCAACUUAAACUUGUCUCGUUGGGACCUGGUCCUUAUAGUUAUGGAAAAUCGGGAUGAGACAUGACUUUGAGUUGAUCUAUCUCGCUGGUUUCUGCACUUGAAUUUAAGUACAGGCUUAAAUUGAGCUCUCUAAUGGAUAUUAAAUUAAGAGAACUGAAUAAAAGAUAAGCUCCUAUAGUUACA